GUUUUUCAGAAUCCAUUUGAAAAUAUGCUGCCACAAAUACCCUUUCUGCUGCUAGUGUCCUUGACGCUGGUUCAUGGAACGUUUUAUGCUGAGCGGUACCAAACUCCCACAGGCGUGAAGAGCGCACUUGCCAGCCCCAGGACACAAUACUUCAUCCCAUACCCUAUAAAGGGUAAAGAGAUUUCAGUAAGAGGAGAACAAGGCAUUCCUGGUCCACCAGGCCCAGCUGGACCUCGAGGACACCCAGGUCCCUCAGGACCUCCAGGAAAGCCAGGCUAUGGAAGUCCUGGACUCCAAGGAGAGCCAGGGUUGCCAGGACCACCAGGAAUAUCAGCCACUGGGAAGCCGGGCCUGCCGGGCCUGCCAGGCAAACCAGGGGAGAGAGGACCACAUGGACACAAAGGAGAUAUUGGCCCAGCUGGCUUACCAGGGCCUCGGGGCCCUCCAGGCCCACCCGGAAUCCCUGGUCCAGCUGGAAUUUCUGUGCCAGGAAAACCCGGACAGCAGGGACUUACAGGUGCUCCAGGAUCUAGGGGCUUUCCUGGAGAAAAGGGGGCACCAGGAGCUCCUGGUGUGAAUGGACAGAAAGGGGAAACCGGAUAUGGUGCUCCUGGCCGUCCAGGUGAGAGGGGUCUUCCAGGCCCUCAGGGUCCCGUAGGCCCCCCUGGCUCCCCUGGAGUGGGAAGAAGAGGUGAAAACGGCUUUCCGGGACAGCCUGGCAUAAAAGGUGACCGGGGUUUCCCAGGAGAAGCGGGACCACCCGGUCCACCAGGUCCACAAGGUCCUCCUGGGAAGCAAGGACGAGAAGGUAUUGGGAAGCCAGGAGCCACUGGAUCCCCCGGUCGGCCAGGUAUCCCAGGAGAAAAAGGCCACCCAGGGACUCCAGGAAUAGCUGGGCCUCCAGGAGCUCCUGGCUUUGGAAAACAAGGUUUGCCAGGUUUGAGGGGACAAAGGGGACCUGCUGGUCUUCCUGGGGCUCCAGGUGCCAAAGGGGAACAAGGGCCAGCAGGUCAUCCUGGUGAACCAGGUCUGACUGGAUCCCCUGGGAAUAUGGGACCCCAAGGACCUAAAGGAAUCCCAGGGACUCAUGGUAUCCCAGGCACUAAAGGUGAGACAGGUCUGGUGGGGCCUGCAGGGCCACCCGGGGCUAGAGGAGCAAGGGGCCCCCCUGGGUUAGAUGGAAAAACAGGAUAUCCUGGGGAGCCAGGUCUCAAUGGUCCUAAGGGUAACCCAGGGUUACCAGGACCAAAAGGUGAUCCUGGAGUGGGAGGAGCCCCUGGUCUUCGAGGUCUUGUUGGCCCUACAGGACCUAAGGGAGUGCCUGGACACAAUGGUGAGGCAGGUCCAAGAGGUGAACCUGGAAUACCAGGUACCAGGGGCCCUAUUGGACCACCAGGUAUCCCAGGAUUCCCUGGAUCUAAGGGUGACCCAGGAAAGCCAGGUGCUCCGGGCCCAGCUGGAAUAGUAACUAAGGGCCUCAAUGGGCCCGCUGGUCCUCCAGGGCGUCCUGGUCCAAGAGGUCAUAGUGGAGAGCCUGGUCUCCCAGGUCCUCCAGGACCCCCAGGACCCCCAGGACCCCCCAGCCAAGCAGUCAUACCUGAUGGCUUCACAAAGAGCGGACAGAGGCCCAGGCUUUCUGGGAUGCCUCUUGUCAGUGCUAACCAGGGGGUAAGAGGCAUGCCGGUGUCCGCUUUUACUGUGAUUCUUUCCAAAGCUUACCCAGCGGUAGGUGCUCCCAUCCCAUUUGAUGAGAUUCUGUACAACAGGCAGCAGCACUAUGACCCAAGAUCUGGAAUCUUUACCUGUAAGAUCCCAGGCAUAUACUAUUUUUCCUAUCACAUCCAUGUGAAGGGGACUCACGUUUGGGUAGGCCUGUAUAAGAACGGCACGCCCACAAUGUACACGUAUGAUGAGUACAGCAAAGGCUACUUGGAUCAAGCUUCAGGGAGCGCGAUCAUGGAGCUCACGGAAAAUGACCAGGUGUGGCUCCAGUUGCCCAAUGCGGAAUCGAACGGCCUCUACUCCUCUGAGUAUGUCCACUCGUCCUUCUCAGGAUUCCUAGUGGCUCCCAUGUGAACACUUCCUGUCAAGCUCAUUCUAAUCCCCCGCUUAGAACCCCCCACCCCAUUCCAUCGCCCGAUCCCGCCCUGGUGAUGCAUAUGGAGGUAGGCUAAAAGUAAUGUGAAUAAGCUUUCUAAAGUGCACUCCGGGACCAGGUUUCCUCCUGUAAGAGUGAGCAGCAACAGUGGGUAUGUGAGGAUCCUCUCGAACACUCGGCAGUUCUAAGGCCCUGGGUGGAGGGUGGGGGGUGCUCCUGUCGUCCCAUCCUUAUUUAAAUUUCUUAACGUAAGUU